AUGGGGGCCGCCGCCGAGGACGCCGUCAGGCAGCUCGGCAUCCUCAUGGAUCAAGUGGACGCGCCGCUGAGGAGGACGUUCCAGAAUGUGCACCAAGGCCACCCUAGAGAAACAAUGUUGCGCUUUCUCAAGGCUAGAGAAUGGAAUGUUUCCAAGGCUCAUAAAAUGCUUGUAGAUUCUUUGAAUUGGAGGAUUGAAAAUGAAAUUGAUAGUGUAUUGGAGAGACCUAUACUCCCAGUAGAUUUAUACAGAUCAAUACGUGAUUCACAACUUGUUGGACUCUCAGGAUACACCAAGGAGGGUCUUCCAGUUUUUGGCAUUGGUGUUGGUCAGAGCACAUAUGACAAAGCUUCGGUGCACUACUAUGUGCAAUCUCAUAUUCAGAUUAACGAAUACCGUGAUCGCAUAAUUUUGCCCAUGUUGACGGAAAAGUUUGGACGCCCGAUCACCACUUGCGUUAAAGUUCUCGACAUGACUGGUUUAAAGUUGUCAGCACUGAGCCAAAUGAAGAUGCUGAGUUCAAUAUCAACUGUUGAUGAUCUGAACUACCCUGAAAAGUCAGAGACAUAUUACAUAGUUAAUGUUCCAUAUAUAUUCUCUGCAUGCUGGAAGGUUGUGAAGCCCCUAUUGCAGGAGAGGACAAAAAAGAAGGUUAAAGUUUUGAGUGGUUGUGGGAGAGAUGAACUUCUAAAGAUUAUGGACUACUCAGCUCUCCCCCAUUUCUGCCGACGAGAGGGAUCAGGCUCAUCCAAGCAUUCAUCUUCCAACGCCGACGAUUGCUUCUCCCCUGACCAUCCUUUCCACAAAGAGCUCUACGAGCUCACCAACCAGCAAUCGUCGCACAAGGAGCUCCUCAAGAUGGGAUCAUUGCAUGUGAGCAUCCCGGAGCCCGACCCAAACGAUGCGAAGAUCGUGGAGGUGAUCCAGGCCGAGUUCCACAAGAUGGGGGAGCAGAAUGGGUCGACCAACGGCCACAAGGUUUGA